AAAUAUAUAAAAUACACAUUAUUAAAUGAUGGAGGAACUUUUCAAUAAAUUACUUUUUGUUUCUCUGAGAUCCUCAUCUCGUGAAGAAAGACGUGCUCGCUUGAGAAUUUCUAUAUUAACCAUUCACCCACAAUCAACGAGAGGAAAGGAGCUAUCUGUGAGAUUGACAGACGACGAAGAUCCAUUCUUUCUGUUUACGUUGCAACUUGGUGAAGAUGAUUUUCAAAUAUUAAAAAGUCAGCAAGGUUUGCUUGUUGAUUUCGCAUCUUUUCCACAAAACCUGAUGGAUCUUCUCACUUAUUGUAUUGAUGAGGAAGCUAAGGAUUUUCCUAAGUUUUUGUUGACAUUUACAAUUUCAGAUCAUGAUUGUGGAGUAUCAUAUUUGAAUGUUGUAGAGACAAACUCUUUUAAACAUUUAACUCAUUUAUCAUUGAAGUUUAUCUUGGGAAAUGAUGUUGAUGUUAAGAAAUACUUAGCUACAUGUCUUACUUCACUAAAGGAUGAAAACAAAGUGCUGAAAAAACAACUUGAAUCAACUGAAACUGAACUUGGUGGUCGUUUAGCAAGAGCACAAGAGGCUCUAGCAUCUAGGAAUAAAGAAUUGAGUGAAUUAAGGGAAGAAUUUAAUGUAAAGUCUAGCUCAAUAAUAACUCAGCAUUCUCUAGAACUUGCUACUGAAAAAGAAAAAACAAUUCAGAUUCAAGCAUCUUGUCAGAAACGUUGUGAUGAGGAAAAAAAACAGUUAGAAUCAUCACAUCGAGCGAUUCUUGUGGAACUUCAAAAUAAAAUAUCCAAAUUGACCAUCACAAAUAACGAAUUAAGCGAGGCAAAAUUUCGUUGUGAUGCCACUUGUACUGAUCUCAAAACUAAACUAACAUUUUCUGAAGAGGCUUAUCAGCGAUGUAAAGUAGAAAUGACAAAAUUGCGUCGUGAUAACACGAACUUGGAUAGUGAACGCCAUGAAAGAGACAAAACUUUGAAUCAUCUUCGUACAAGAAUAGCUGUCCUUGAGCAAGAAAAUAAAGAUAAUCAAGAAGUAAUAUCGAGAACAAGGGAACUUCUUGAGGCCGCCAAUGAGCAGAGAAAAAAAUGCGAAGAAACUGUUGCGGAACGUCAACAACAAUUGAAUAAGUCAGAAAGAACGGUUCAGUCAAUUUCAGAUGAACUUGUUAAGGGAAAUGAAAUCAUACUUCGGAUACAGAAAGAGCUUCGUAACUCGAAAGCAAAGAACAAACUUAAUGCGACUGUUAUAGCUCAACAAGAAAAGGUGGUAACUGAAAAGACAUCAACAAUGGAGAAACAAAAUGAGGAACUACAAACAUUGAUGGGUGAAGUUAAGAAAAAAGAUGCAGAGAUUGACACAUUGAAGGAAUCUCUCUCAACAGCCAAUGACAAAUUAGAGGAGAAUAAGCAAAUGUUGAAAACUAAUGAAAACGUCAUCAACUGGUUGAAUAAACAAAUCAAUGAACAAUAUCAGUCAAAAUUUGGACCUGCCAGUGUAAACUCUCUUUCUUCGCACAUUGGUGCUCGUUCAAAUUUCAACAACUUGGCUUUGCCUCACAGUACCCCACUUUCCGUCGACUCUGUUUCAAAUUCCACGAAUGUACACAUUCCUCGUAACCCGAUGUCACAUGCCCAGGUUGUGUACCGACCAGGAUAUAAGGCAGCUCAAAUUACCCCAAGUAUCCCCGAGGAAAAAGCUAAAACGUCACCCCAAAGUCUCUCUGGUCCUUUGAAAUUGGGAAAAGAAAAUAAUCCUUUAAUUGAUCCCAAGUACUUGACGAAACCAAAUCAAAAAAUGUGUCAAUCAAGACCUGCUCCAUUACAGACACAAAAUAAGAAAAAUGAUUCAAAUAACCCUAUCAUAUCAUCAAAUGUACAACCAGCAAUUCCUUUGAUGUCCGCUUAUUUCCCCAAGAAUACAUCAGCAAACCAAUAGUCAGCAAUAAUAUAUAGGUACGUAGUAUGUGAGAGUCGAUAGUUAUUGAAUGAGGUGAUGAUCUGACUUGCUAAGUGAAACAUGAAAUGUUAUAAUUUAAGGCUUACAACAUCUUUUGAAGAAAUUAUGCAUGGUCAUGUCGUUGAAUAUUUUUUCAUAACAGACCAGGGAACUGUUCAAGUCUUUUUUUGAUAAUAUUUUCUAACCAUCACCCUGCUGUAAAUCUGUGCUUCCUCAAUAAGAUUUGUGGUUGUUUCAACUUGUAA